AUGGCUUCUCGCACUGUUUCCUUUGCCGCAGACGGCAAUAAAGAUGUCGAGCUGGGAUCAGAUCUACUUGAUAACUCAAGCUCUCCUUCUUGCUCUACAGCAACAUCCUCUCCCAACGUCAACUCACACAAGAGGAAGAUCUACGGGCACCAACAUCACAACAGUGCCAGUGACGAGGCGCUGAUCGAUACUAGUAUACGAAAUAAGCUGUUUGCCGAACCUACUUCAUACGAAACCAAUAUUACCCGGAGACAUAUUCCAACCACAUUCGAUACAUCACCAACUUCACAUUCUCUGGCAAAGAGAAAGGGCAAAGUCAUUGAUGACAACUUCAACGUUCGAGACCCAAUGACGGGAUCAGUCGUGGAUCACACCCACCUAAUAGCCCAAGAUCCACGAGCAUUCUCUCACAAAACCCUCUCGUUCGAAGAUCCAGACAUGGAACGUAAAUACCAACGAUACUUUAUAGACAGGAAUUUAACUACAUGGCGGAUAUACGCCAUUAUCGGGCUCCUGUGUCAGAUUCUAGUGUGGGGAUGCACAGAACUAGCGUUCCCACUAGCGCCUGCUAACGAUGACGUGAGGAGUGAGCUGCUGACGGUACUUCUUGGAGCCGUAUUGCCUAUCACGAUUGCCAUUAUAUCCACGUUUAUAUUGUCAAAGAGUGUUCUGGCAGUCGUUAUUCAUUAUAUCUCGGCUCUGUAUAUUAUUUGUCUUGAGCCCGUCAUUGCUCUGUCGAUGCAUCUAAAUAGGACGGAUAUGGAUCAGUACACGGCGGGUGGAUUUGGUGCCAUGUACGUCGUCAUGCUUGGCGCAACAGUUUUCUUCCUGAAGGUUCGCUUCCAAGUCGCAGCCGUUGUAGUAUUCGUUUGCUCGGUUGUGUGGUGGACGGUGUUUGGCAUUGACUAUAGUUCUCAGUCUGCCAUCUUGCAACAAUUGUAUAUAGUUAACGCCGUUGCACUCGCUCUGUCGUGUAUAGUGUGUCUCUUCAUGUCAUACGAAUUGGAGCGGUCGUCGAGACAAAGAUUCCAAUCUGAAAACAGGCUGUACAGACAGAUUGUGAAGCUUGAUACCCAACUCCGCUAUGUACAGAACCAAAUGACCCUGAAGUCGAACGAAUUCGACUCGCCUCUCGAAAAAGCCAUUAACGCCAUUCGCACUCUAUCGGCUGCACCGAGUGUACCGCUGGAGCAUAUAAGAACACUGUCAUUAAUCCUCGGCUGGCUGAAUGCGCCCAACUUGUUAUUACCCGAUUGGAAUGCAGCGUCAAAACAGAAUGAUGCCGAACAACGUAAAUGGCUGGCCGAAGUUGUUGGUGCCUCCAGCAAGCUUGUCUUCGAAACAGACGAUCUAGUCUCAAUAGCAGAAUCCGGAUCUUUAAGAAGUGUAGUGAACGAAGCAAACUUUUCAUCAUCACAGGCUGCGCUAAGAAGAGGAUCAGCACCAGCAUCUCUAAUACAUAUACAGCGAAAGAAAUUGGAAGUCCUGUCUCCGUUAUCACAGCCUCGAAACAUACCCAACACCAUAGCAUUACCAGUUACACCAUAUAUACCAACUAAAUCAUCACCAGGGGCACAAACAGUGUCUGAAUUGUAUACACCGCAAGUACUGGCUUGUCUGUCUAGAUUGUCUGAUUAUAAUUUCCCAAUGUUUGAGUUUAAUGAACUUACGCAGGGACAUGCCUUGCUAAUGUUACUGCAUUAUCUUUGUGUCGAGUCUGGACUACUGGUUAGACUAGGACUAGAUGCUAGUGUAUUCAUGGUUUUUGCUAAGAGAAUUGAAGAAGGAUACCAUGCAGAACAUCCAUUCCACAACUCUGUACAUGCAGCCGACGUGUUACAUACAAUCCAAUAUCUCACGAUGCUUCCUCAAGUAAUACGGCAUCUCUCAGACCUAGACCUAUUGUCGAUAUAUGUAGCAGCAGCCAUACACGACUACGAUCAUCCAGGCGUGACAAACAAGUACCUAUCAUCUAUAAACCACCCUCUAGCAAUCCGGUAUAAUAAUCAGUCAAUCCUGGAAUCUCAUCACGCCGCAUCAGGCAUGGAAGUUUUAGCUAUACCCGAAUGUGAUUUCCUAGCUACAAUGGAUCCGAGAAGACGAGAGUCUACCAAGAGUCUGAUUGUAGAGAUGGUAUUGGCUACUGAUUUAGCCAAACAUUCUGAAUUGCUGAGUAAAUGGAAGGUGCAGACGUUAUCGCUGGAUCAGUUUGAUCCAAAGAAUGUGGCGGAACAUAAGAUUAUACUUUUUCAGACUAUGAUCAAAUGCGCAGAUGUGGCAAACCCAACCAAAUCACACGAACUAUACAUGGUCUGGCUAGAUCGCAUAACAGCUGAAUUCACUUCCCAAGGAGAUCGCGAACGAGCACAUGGACUCCCUGUAUCUGCAUACAUGGAUCGUGAUCACCCUGAUGUAAAAGGAUGUCAAUUGUCAUUUUGUCAGUACAUAGUAGCACCAUUGUUUGAGGCCUUCCAUGCUAUUGCACCUUGUGAUGAGGUGAUGACCACAUUGAGGACUAAUGUUCAGCGCUGGGAAAAUACUGACGAUAACGAGGAGUGGUUGAAGAAAGUUGGCACGAACAUAUGA